AUGCGUUUCUCCUCCCUCCUCGCCGGGUUCGCCGCCCUCUCAGUAUCCUCAGCAACUCCAGUGCCGCUCAGCUUCCUCCCCUUCGGCAAUCUCCCCUCCCAAUCAAGCACAGGCGCGAGCAUCAUCGCCAACCUCGACACCCUCCAAGGCUCCAUCCUCAAGCUGACGACAACCCUCAACGGCCUCGACUACACCACCGGCAACACCCUCAGCGUCGCCAACAUCCUCAAGCUCCCCGCGGUCCUCCUAAACACAAUCGGCCUCAACUCGGCCUCCUCCUCCACCUUGCUCGACGCAAAGGCCCUCACCCUGGCCCUCAACUCGACCGACUCGACCGCCAUCGUCAACAAGCUCACAAACGAAAUCCAGCCUGCGCUCAAGACGGUCACGGAUCUGUUGAACAAGGCAAAGACAUCUGGCGUUGUCGCGUCGUUGGCUCCGCUUGGUCAGACCGAUUACCUCAAGCUGAUCUCGACGAAUCUCGGUGGUCUCGGAACUGCUCUCUCGCCUUACAUCGACACUACCUCGCAGUCUGGUUUGACCGGCGUGACUGCCACCCUCAGCAACCUCCUGAAAGCCACCGUCAACGUCUAUACCUCCUGA